GUAGAAAUAUUAUUCUAUUUCUUCUUUUCAGUUUCUUCGUACAGUUCCUUCAUACAGAACUGCUUGGAUUCCCAUAAUGCGGUUCGCGCACACUAUGGCGUUCCAGCCCUUAACUGGUCAUCGGAAAUUGCUGUCGGUGCACAGAAAUGGGCCAAUCAUCUUGCUGGAAUAGACCAGCUUCAACAUGACUCCACAGCAACAGAAGGAGAAAACUUGUUUUACAUGUACGGAGGAGACCCCGAACAGGCCUGUGACAGGGCUGUAAAGAAUUGGUAUCAAGAAGUGAAGAAUUAUGACUUCCGGUCCCCACACCUGGAUGACAGUACUAGUAAGUGUGUACAAUCCCUUGAACCCUAAGAUCAAAAUUCAGAUUCCAAUUCGUGGUACCUGUACGUUUCCUAAAGAAGUAGUGGGAGAAUUUGUUGAAGUAUCAUUUAGAUUCAUUGUGUGUGACCAUUUCCUUAAUUUAUGUCACCAAUGUGUUUUGCAAAGUAUUGAUAUUCUAAGGAGUCAUUUGAUGCUGAUCACUCUCAGGGCUUAAAGGGUAAAUAUCUAACAAUUAAUGAAUGAGGCUGAGUUUCUCAUGAAGAAUUAUGGGGAUCGAGGAGGGUAUCAGCUCCGCAAAUAUUCUCCAAAUAGCAGAUGUCGCCCUUCGAGUUGUCUUCUUGCUAUUCUUGCCAGUUUUUUUUGUUUUGUUUUUAGUUAUUAUUUCGCCUAGUUCUUGCCCUAGAAACGAGUGAAAUGUUUUCUACAACCAAAACAACUCAACCUUGUCCCCAGGUCCUCACUGUUAACGGUGCAUUAACAUGCAAAAACGCUGCAUUUUUGACGUCAUUUCCUCGCAAAACACAAAAUUCUUACAAAUUUGAUCAUCAGCAACUGGUUAUGGUGAAUUAUGCGUGUGCUUUUAGCCAAUCAGAAUCGGGGAAAUAUUUUGAAUGAAUAAUAAUUAACAAUUAUUGGAUGAGGCUGAGUAUCAUGUCAAGAUUUAUGGAUGUUAUCCGCCGAGGCCUUAUAAUUCCCUCUGAAAAAGCCGAAUUCAAUAAUUGUUAUAUUAUUCUUUCAAAAUAAUUCCUAUUUUAAAAACAAGCUAGAACAUGCUUACCUCUAUCGAUGUUUAAUAAGUUCAUAUUCGAUAGUGCAUGUUUAUCGGCAAGUUUCAAGAUACAGGGUUGUUCAGUACUGCAAAUAUUCUCCAAAUAGCAGAUGUCUUCCGUCGAGUUGUCUUCUUGCUGAUCUUGUUAUGUUUUUAGCCAACAGUUCGCAUAUUUCGUCCUCGCGAAACGAGUGAAAUGCUCCGCCAUUUUGUACUCACUACCAAAACAACUCAACCUCGUCCCUUGGUCUUCUUAGCUAACUGUUCAGCUUUCUGGCAAUUAUGCUGCACAAUUGACGUCAUUUUUCAGAUAUCGCAAAAUUCUUCCAAAUUUGGUCGACAGUAGUUGGUUAUGCUAAAUUAUGCGUUGGAUUUUAGCCAAUCAGAAACGGAGAAAUAUUUUGAAUGAAUAAUAAUGAUUGUCAGUGACAAUUUUAAAUAGUGUCAUCUAUUCUUUCAAACCUAAUAACUUGCAAUCGAGGACUACGUUCAGACCUCAGUGAAUGGAACGAUACUUACUGGAUACUACUGUGGAACCUCGAUAUAACGAAUCCGAAAAUAACAAUCGAAGUCCUAGGUAUAACGAACGAUGUUCUUAGUCCCUGUAACAGUAAAAUAUAUGGAAGAGAACCUCGAUGUAAAGAAACCUCCUUAUAUCGAACAUAUUUUGCCAGUCCCUAGGUCCCUCGUUAUAUCGACGUUCCACUGUAAUAUGAAAUUCCUCCCGGGGGAGCGGGGGAGCAUUCCCUUAUUUGGACUUGAUAGGGUAUGUGCCGCUGACCAGAGUAUACAGUUAGACUAUUUAGAGUCUUUAACACUCAGGAUGUGUUUUUGGACCUGAAGCCUUUCACAGGGUGUGAAGGUCGGCGAUGAGCGGUCUACAUGAGUGGUGCCAACAAUUUCUUUUUUCUAAAAGAAUAAAAAUUCAAUGACGUUAGUUUGAAAAAUAAUGAUAAUCAAUUAAGUACGCCAAACGAAAUGACUAAGGGUCAUAGAAUAAGGUCUCUUGUCUUAAACUGGGUAGAAAAAUAAACGAUUUUUGUCUUAACCCUUUAAGCCCGAAUAUCAACAUACAAAUUCUCCAAACUGAUCUCAAUACAGUUCCUUAAGAAUAAGUUGAGAGAAUUUGUUCAAAGAUCAAAGCAUUUCCCUUUGGUGAUCAUUUUAUUUAUUCUCAUAAACGUUUCUUUGAAGUAUGUAUGGAUAUUGUUAGGAGAAAAUUGAUGGUGGUCACUCUUAGCACUUCAAGGGUUAAACAGUGUCAGGGGUUUGAAGGCCUCGGCGGCAGACGCAUCUCUGGCUAAGUUUGCCAUAAGUGCCAUCCUUUUAGAAGUUACACACGCCAGAACUCGGCAAUUCGUGAGUAAAAGAUUGGGAGCAUCUCCUCGGGCACUUGGGUGGAUACCUUUUCCUUUUGUGUCGGUGUUUUCUGUUAGAGCAGAGGCACUUUGACAACAAUCUUCUAGGCUUUAAGCAACCCCGUAACUCCCAGCUACGCUCGGAUCUAACGGAUAAAAGCUGAAGCAAUUCAUUUACAGAUCCUGUACCUGGCACCGGGUGUAAAAAAAACAUCAUUUUGUGCCGUUAUCUAGUCUCUAGUGCUCGGAAAUCAAGUGCAAACGAUAUGAAAACCACUGUCCCGAUCGUGAUUUAUCAGUGCCUGAUCCUAAUGAUGAUCUAAUGAUCUAAUCCUAAUGAUCUUAACUGAUUUGCUAAUAAGUGCCUGACUGAUGGCUUGAAAACUUACCUUCUUUCUGUUACAAUCCUAAUCUAAAACUCUACUCUAACAUGUUAAAGUCACCUGAUUUGAACGCUUCAUAUCAUUCAGCAUUACUUAACACUAACCAACUUUGGCCCAACAAUCUAACAAACUCAGACUGAUCAGCAGCAGAAAUUUUAAAAAAUUGUCGAUAGCAGCCAAAGGAGUGUCUAUUUACUCGCAAAAACUGGCAAUUGCGUACUCUACAUACAGGAUUAGACCUCUUGAAAAACAGCGACGAAUUAAUCUCUCAACAGAUCAUUUCAGUCAGCUAGUUUGGCGAAAUUCCAAAGAGCUAGGAAUUGGCACAGCACAGAGCAAAUCCGGGAACUUCUUUUUGGUAGCUCGAUACAGCCCACCUGGAAAUAUUAAUGGUGAAUUUAGCGAUAAUGUACCCGCUGUGGAAGAACAAUUUUCAGACGAAUACAGACAAGAAGAUAGCAACAAUGAUAUAAAUCCAGGUAAGAUAGGAAAACUGGGAAAAAUCCUGCAGUUCACAAAAACACUCAUUACAUUUUUCACCGAAUCGCCACUUCAGAAACGAGAAGGAACCUGGCUUGAUUUAACUUUCGCAAAGACUUCUGGGACUGUUGCUAGGGGCAGGGGGAAAAUUGGCCAAUAGCUGACGGACACGUACCUAGUAACGAUCCCAGAAACAAUUGCAGGACGUAUUUCGGCCCCAGUUCCCUUCUGCUUUCUAAAAUGGCGAAAACUGGAGAAAAAGGGUUGAAGAGCUAAGCUUUCUCCAUAGUUAUUCCUUUAAAGUUAGUUGUAUAACAUAGUUACGGGUAUUUAACCCUAUUCAGACUGGGCUUUUUUGGUCAAUCUGUGACUGGGGGGGGGGGGGCUCCUCGGACCCCCCCUCUGUUUCUCUGGAACCAAUAAUGCUAGGGUCAUGAAAUUUACACACAAUGAUCAUCUCCGUACAAAGAAGCCCCACACCCAGUUUUGACUUGCCACGCCCAAUGAUGACGUCACAGUGACGUCAUAUUCCGAUUUUUCAAUGUUUCUUAUUAUUUUUCUACUUAGAUACGUAAAAUAUCAAUAAUAUUGGUAAAGUCAUCUCUUUGUUAUCCUUUCUUAUGAACUAGUAACAAGGAAACACUUGUACAGCGAGAAAAAGCAAUAGGAAGUAAAAUUUGAAAUGGUCGUCCGCCAUCUUGGAUCCGCCAUCUUGGAUUUCCGUUUUUUUGUUAAAAUUAUAAUUUAAAGCAACUUUCAAAGGGGAAAAAGCUCAAAAUGUAUAAAAGAAGUAUCAAACUAAUGUUUAUUACCCAAACAAAUGACUUUGGAAGUGUUAUUUGGAAAAUAGAGCAGCAUAUUUGUCAAAGCAAAAAGGGACAAAUUUUACCCCACCCCUCCCCCCCAAAUAUUCGAUGUUGGAACAUUUUGAUGUAAUUCAAAAACUAGUCCCAAGCAAAGACCAUUUUAACAACAAAAAGCACUAUAAGUGUAAAAACGCGAUCUUAAAACAAAAAAACCACCAUUUUUUAAAUUUUCCAAAACCUAUGUGUCAGAAACUGGUUGCCAUGGCAACAUGAUUAAUCACAUGGACAUGGUAAUUAUACCAAAAUGUUCCUAGAUAAAUUUUAGGGAAAGUCAGAAAAUUUGAACGUCAUAGCUCUUUCGGUGUAGGAGUUAUAACGAUUUUGCCGGAGCGGGGGGUUCGAAAAGCCCCCCCCCCCCCAGUCUGAAUGGGGUUAAGAUUUUAAAACAUAACAAAUUUUGAGUGGAUUUGCAUAUCUAAAUUAUUGGUUAAAUUUUCUAAUCUUUGAGGAAAGGCUUUAUUUAUACUCUUAUUUGUUAUUCCAUAAUUAUAAUAAAAAUAACAUGCUGAAAUGCUGCCAUUUUCCCGACAAAAUGUUAAAAUCUGAAGAAUUAAUUGUAGAAAGAAACUCCCUAAAACUCUUAAUACAAUUCUUUUUGUUCAAUAUCUCUGGCCAAGAUUGAUAGGAAAACCGUCAUUGAUACUGAUUUAUGCUUUUUAAAUCUUCUCUUAAGCUCAAGACGGAUCUUCAUCCCCGAAGCCGAAUGUUAUUUAUUUCAAGGAGAUUAAUGUUGAUUCGAAUGCACAGGGGCCGGAAAAUGCAACAGAACCUGACCGUUCUGCCCCACAGCAGUAUGAUAUGCAAGGUAAAGCUGUGGAAAACAGUCAGGACUCUGAAAAGAACCAUCCUGCGACACAAGAACCAAACACGCAGUCGUCACGUGAUGAGGCUGGAGACGGACAAAGUCCUCUGAAGGAAGAUCAGAGUUCUCCUCAAAACGCUUUAAGUGGAAAACCAGCUGACAAAGGAGACAAAACAAAUGCACAGUUAGGUUCUUCGGAGCAGAGCGAAGGUUCCACAAAUGUAGCUCCAGUAAACGAAGUUUCCGAUCACAAGCAAACCCGACCAUUUUAUCCUGAAUCUGAGUCUGCUGAUGUGAAACCGAGGCCGAAUGAAACAAAAAAUGUGGGGGCAGAAGUGCAACAGAGAAAAGAAGAGACGAAGGGGAAGGAUGAAGCACUCGAAAAAGUAACACAAUUACCACAAAAUUAUGAGCGGCCGAAAAAGCUUCAUGAACCACCUAAGACAGACCUCACAUAUGUAGAACCACUGGUACCUAAACCACCUCCAAAGAAGGCAAUGCCAGUACCCUUAAAGCUGCCACCAGAAUUGGAGCUUAUGACUCCUAAGCAAGGUAUUCACAUAACUUAAAGCCUCUGAUGCAAGGCUGAGUUUUGUUAGGUCUAACCUCGAUCAAACUCUGUUAGAGGAAGGUUUAGAUGGUAAUAAUCAACUGUUAGGGAUUGCGAACGAGAUCACUAGAAGGUCAAAAUGAUCUUGCCCAACACUAUGCUUUGUGUAAGUUUCACGAGGUAGGAGGUCCAAACGCGCCUAACCAGAUGGCUUCCAAUGCGUUCCAUUCACUUUUAGUGACAGUCCAAAGGAAUGAUAUGUUUGCUGCAUAUAUGCAGCGCAUGCGUUGUAGUAUACUUAAAGAUCAGGAUUGCGAGCUCCUCUAAUCGCCUGCAAUUAAUUAACAAUUAAUGAAUGAGGCUGAGUAUCUUAUGAAGAAUUAUGGAGAUCACGGAGGGUGUUAUCGGCCGAGGCGGAUAACACCCUCCGAGAUCUCCAUAAUUCUUCAUAUGAUACGAAAGCCGAAUUCAAUAAUUGUUUUAUUAUUCAUUCAAAAUAAUUCCUAGUUUAAAAACAUAGCUAAAACAAGCUUACCUGCAUCGAUGUUAAGUUUAUCUUCGAUAGUUUACGUUUAGGUUUGUUCAGCUCCACAAAUAUUCUCCGAAUAGCAGAUGUCGCCCUCGGAGUUGUCUUCUUGCUGUUUUUGCUAUGUUUUUUUGCUAUAAUUACGCCUAGUUCCAGCUAUAGAUUUUACUCUUGAAACGAGUGAAGUGUCCGCCAUUUUGAUUUUCACAACCAACCAAACAACUCAGCCUUGUUCCCACGGUGCCUUAACCUAUAAGAACGCUGCAUUUUUGACGUCAUUUCCUCGUUAAAGUCAAAAUUCAUCCAAAUUUGGUCUUCAGUAACUGGUUAUGGUGAAUUAUGCGUGUGCUUUAAGCCAAUCAGAAUUGGGGAAAUAUUUUGAAUGAAUAAUAAUGAAAAUUAAGUGCUUUUUUAACAAGCGUGAGUGGAGGAAAGUCUAGCUUUGAAUAGAAGCACACUUUCUAGCUGGUCGGAGAUCUCUUCAUCUCGCAUCUAACAAGCUGUUAACAAGAGAAAAGUUAAAGGUAGAAUUAUUGCGGGUAGGAUAUAAACAACUGCAAAAAGGGAAAAUACAUUUCCUUUUUUUGACACAACACCAUACACCUUUUUGUAACAGGCAAAGACUUUCGAGUUGAAAUACGCUUCCCCAAGAUGAACUUCUCCAGUGAAAUGAUGGUGCCAGAAAGUUUGGCUUUUGAAGAAGUGAAAAGAAACAUAACUAGCGCAGUAAGUAAAGCAAACCAAUUUUUCCAGUUGCUGGUUUUGUAGCAGCACCAGAGUUUGUUUUAUGAUGAAUGGAAGUGAUGAUUGUGAUGUGAUAUGAUCUUGUUGUUUGCAUUUCCGUCAUGUUGCUAGAUCUUAAAUCUUUUCGAUGACAAAGACGAAUUCCUAGAAGCCAAAGUAAUAUCUCUGAGGUAAGAUAAGUACUGCUUGGUUUCUUAGGAGAAAAACCUGUUAACCUCGUUUUUUUCGGACAACCAAGAUAGCCUGAGCUCGCGUUUCAGUUGCUCUUUCGUUUUACGUGCCUAAACAAGUAUCUGUUAUGAGUUUAGGCCUUUCGUCUACUUGAUCGCAAAGUCGAGGUAAACAAUUAUUGUAAUCCCACGUUUCCCGAACGCAGUCUGCAAACGUGUAUCUUUAUCCAUUACAAUUUCUGUUGUGGAUGAGUACUCGUUUGCCAACCUUUGUUAACGCUGACGUUGCAACACAUGCAACAUCACUAAAAACGUGAAUUCGCACUGCUUUAAACUUUAUAGUGCUUAUUCCAUCUCGUUCAAUUCAUCAACUGUUGAUAAUUUGUUUCCUGGGUUUGAAUUCUAAAAGACUGUAUCGAAGUUGAGGAAAAUUAAAGAAAAAGAAAGUCGCUGUCUUGUGUUCGAGGCCUCUUCAAAACGUGAAAUAAGGAACUUACACGUCGUAGUCGUGUAGCGUCGGCAAGGAAAUUUUCAAAAAAGCGUGUUUUGCUUCUCCAAUCGUCGCCGUCGCUGUUGCUCCCUACUGUCGAACCAGUGCGCCAUCAAUCCUUUUUCGUUUGCAAUUUACGGCCGGAGAUAAAGUCGAGGUCAAAUAAAAACGCAAAAUAGAGGCCAGUAUCCAGCCAUUACCGAAAAAAGCUACGUCAAUAAAGGAUUUAUUACAUGGCCAAAAAAAAGGCUCUUUCUUGCAGGACCAACACGGGAGAUUCCAAACGUCUAACAUUCCCCAUCUCGCACGCUUGGGUAGGCAAUAAGAACUCAGGAUUUACUUCAUGGUUGUCCGCUCGCAGAACCAGUCAUAAAAUAAAUUAUAGCUAACUAGCAACUUAGGGUACACUUGUGUGUUUCCUUUUUCUUUUUCCUUUUUGUAUGCCAUUAAUAAUUUCCCCUUGUCCAUUUUUUUAUAAGUUAUUUAAGCUCGUUCCGUUCUCAUACUUUAAUCACAGAAACGGAAGUGGUGUAAUAGCCACGUUGGGUUUACUUUUCACUAAGGACGCUCCAGGCCACCUCGACCCUCUAACAAGAGCACUACUCGCAGGAAAAAUCGGAGAUAUGCCUGUAGCAUCUAAGUACGAAUCUGCAGGUAAGAAUAAAGCGGCACUGUAUUACGAAUAUAGAGGUAUUACAGCUAGGUUGCCAUACCUAUAUAAAUAAAGGUUUUAUUAUACAACUCGCACCUCCAUAUGUAACCACCACUCGUAAGCGACCACCUCACAUAAUCGGCCACCUACAACACAAAACGUUCCCCAGCUAAAGCCUUACAGUUAGAACCUCUAUAAACAACUACCUCCUGUAAGCGACCGCGACUACUACUUGAGGGCUGACCGCUUUUAUUGUUUUCCAUUGUUUUUAACCUCUUGAAGCGACCACUUGAUGCACUGUCUGAUCUCAAAUUUUGCAGUGUGUACUAUCAGUAUGCUGCUCACAAUAAACGAAGGUCUUUUAGCCACAACAUGGAAAACACAUAUCGUAACUGAGAAGUGUACUGCGGCUUAAACAUGUGGCUUUUACAGAUGGUAACAAGCAAAAGCAACCAUGACUAUAUACUUUCAUUUUUCUUGCUGAUUUGUUUACCUUCUUAUAUCAGAUGGUUUCCUUUUACGACAGAUUAAAAGUGUUUCUCAAAAUUCAAAAUCGCACAUUUAUAGCGUACAUCAGAAAGUACUCUAUAAUUUUCUGCCAGGAACACGUGAACUCAUUAGUGCUUUCGGUCAAAUUCUAUGCCGCCAAUCCGUUAGUUGUUUAUUUUUGUUAUUUUAUAUUUACAAGUGUGGUCGCACGUUUUUUGGUCUAAGCCGGGUUGCAAUUUUAUGUAAGUGUUGCCUAUCGUCUUUUCUCAUUCUUCGAAUUCUUUUUUUUUAUGUUUUGCCAUUUUUGGAUAAUACAAAACUUUAACUUGAAAACUUUGGAUAAGAUUUUUCAAGUUGAAAACCGUUUCAUCCUGGUUAUCAAGAUCCAAAGAAAUAUGCUCAUAGCUGAAGAGUAGUAUAAAUUGGAUCGAAUUAGCCCGUUUCUGCGUAGGAAUCUCAUUAAGAACGACAGGAAUACAAUUAAUUCCUUUCCUCCGCAUUUAAUUCAUAAGACAAAGACAGAAGGCUAUCUCGUCAUCCAUCUUAAACCCGUCAAACCGGUAAAACCGCUUAAAAAUAGAAUAUAACUUUCUCUUAAUGAGAUUCCUCCGCAUUUUAUUCAUGAGAUAAACACAAAGACGCUAUGACGUCAUCGUCGUUAAUAUUUUCCUCACGAGUUAAUGAGAUUCCUCCUAGUAAAAGAGGGGUUAUCUACUAUUCUACUCUAAAGUAUUGCAGUAAUUUUGAAUAAAACCGAAUCAUUAUUUGAGGGUUUUCUUUGAUUCCAAUGUGGUUCUGGGAUAUUAAAGUUACACCAAAAAAUCCUGACGCAGCUCCUUUACUUGUGUGUUUGCUAAUUUUUUUUUCAGUUGCACUACCCGCUGGAUACCUUAGACUUAAUCUUCCAAUGCAAGAACGAGGCUCCGGAGUAUGCGCACAGCCUUGUUCCCAACCAGAUAAGUGCUACCCCGCGGGGUGUAGUGCGCAAUGCUGUGCAUUCCAACCCCCAUCUUACAAAUACCAUCCUCGAGUGUCACCAUCAGUGCUCCCAUCAUGCCCUGGGACAUGUGACGACAGCUGUUUCCCGGAUUGUGAUAAUGAUUGCUGUUCGAACAUGUCGGACUUAUUGGAGCCUUCAAAGACAAACGCCGGAUCUCUAGUCGCCGCCCCUCCCAGUAUCACAUGCCCGGGAUCAUGCCAUUUCUUGUGUUAUCCGCAAUGUAGCCCACAAUGCUGUUCUUCGCAGCCCGUGGAAAAUCCGUGUCACUCCUCGUGCCCAGCUUACUGCGCGCCGAGCUGUGAUACUGCCUGUUGUGCAUCUAGGAAAUCCCUUGUUAAUAGGUAUGAUACAUUUUACGAUGAACGGUUUACUGAUAAACCCUAGUAGAAAAGUCAAAACUAAUGUUUUCCCAUAUUUUGAUUACCGCUAACUUCCACCCACUCAUAAGCCCACCAGUUAUAAGUCCAUCUACUUGCAAACAAAAAAUGCUCCUUCGCUUAUCAGCCCUUCUGAAACCCGCUGCAAAGAUGCAUUAUCCCAUGGCUUAUAGGCGGCAAAAUACGGUAUACUAGUGAGCUUAAAGCAACGACGACGGCGACGGCUACGAAAACGUCACUUAAAAAGUGCAUUCGCGCUGCCUCAAACUUUAGAGCUCUUGAUCCGUCUCGUUCAAUUCGUCAAAUGUUGGCAAAUUUUUCUGGAGUUGAAUUCUAAAGGACUGUGUCAACGUAUAGCAAAAGAAAAAGAAAGUCGUCUUCUGUUCACGUCCUCUUCAAAACGUGAAAUUAGGCGCUUUCACGUUGUAUUCGUGCAGUGACGGUAAAGAAAUGCACAAAACAGCGUGAUGCACGUGCAAAGUUCUUGUUUUGCUAAUCCAAACCUAUCGCCUUUUUGCCGUUCUCGUUGUCGUCGCCGUCGUGGUUGCUUAAGUUAAAAAAAAAUCAGGGGUGUAGCAACCUGAAAGCCGUCGGUAAACAAGUGCUCCCCUUAAAAAAAUGUUAAGACAAGUAAAAAUGAACUAGGUAAAAAACAGCGCAAGCCAAACAAAGUGGACAGCCAAUUAGGGUUAGCUAAAACUCCCGAAGUAACUGCAUUAAAUUUCUUUCGGAUAACUUUUCAAAUUAAAAUAUAAGAAAGAAUGAGUUAACGUAAGUUAUAACUAAAAUUGUCUUCAUUUCCAGCCUAGGCGAAAUGAUCACCUCGAUCCCACUUUCAGAAGACCCGGACGGUGGACACUAUCCCGCGGACGUCUCUAUUGAAACAAUCCUUUAUUAACAUUAGAUAAAUUUUUAUUUGCCAGCUUUUCUAAGCAAUACAGUCGAUACCGCAGCGCCCAAAGAACAUUAGCAAGAAGCCAUUACUUGAAAAACUUACAAAAGCGCCUGAAACUACAGGGAUUGAGAGGCCUGAAAUCUAUGAAACUGGCUCGACCAGUACGUCCAAGACAGCGGUCCGUCAAACUAAGAGAAGCUCGACUGAGACCCGAAAAUCUGGCACUAGACGAAUAUGACCACAGUAUUAACGAUUGGGCCAAGAAAGGACAGAUUACAAAA